UUGUUUUUAUUUGUUUCAUUUACUUUUUUUUCUUGCAGAUCUAUUGUUUGGGAUAAUAGCGAUCAUAAAGAAUUACAUAGCGAAAAUGGAUUUAUUUGGGUAUCCAAUAAAACUGGAAAUUUUUGGUUGAACACAGUGAUGAGCAACGGUUUUAUCACCGCUGAAGAAGGUAAGCUGUGCAACGAUACAAUAAGUUUUGUGCUAAAGAAAUUUGAACGACUCGGAUUUAGUCGAGAUUUACCGGUACGACAGACGUUACGAAAAUGGCAACUUUUGGAUGCCGAUCAUCUGGAAAGCAAACUGUGGAUGAGUACAUUUACACAUCAUCGGAUGAUGCAACAUGCAGCAAUUGUUCUUACUAAAGUUUCAUCCUAA